UCUACACACCGGCGGUGGAAAUGGUCGCACUGUGGAAUUUAUGUGGAAUUAUUAAUAGGUUGUUUGGACUCAAUGCUGAAUCCCUUGUAGGACAAAACAGAGUAACUCCCUGAAGAACGAGGAUUGGGACUAUGAAGCAUUUUACGGGUUAAACAAAGCAUAUUCCUUCCCUAGGAUGGACAAUUACUUCAAAGCUGCUGUAUGUGACUUGGACAAACUCUUGGAUGACUUUGAACUAAACACAGAGGAGGCUGAGAACACGUCUACGACAUUCACAAAUUCUGCAUGCCAGGACCCAACCCUCUACUCCCAGUGCUUUGUACCUGAGCCAUCUACAGUUUCACAAACGCUCCCUGAUGUUAAUUCCCUGCAUUAUGGUCCAACUGCACCUAUUAGUGCCCCUGACCAAAGAGAUCUAGAUACAAAAGGGAGGGUGUUGACUGGUGUUGACCUCUUAUCCUCUGUUGACCGCAGAGCUUCCAAAAGCUUGACUCCUCCUUGUCCAGAUAGAUCUUUGAAACCUAUAUGCGACCUUGUUAAUGAUACAGGAUCGGCUAGUCUCUCACGCACAAACAGUCAUGAUGCCUUCAAAGAGUUAGAGGUUGCUGAGAAACAGUUUGAGGAGGAACUACUGGUAGAUUUUGAUAGUCCAGCUGUAUUAUAUCCAGAGAACGUGUUUAAGCCCGGACAUGACUUACAGGGACUCGAUGCUGGUGGCCACUUUGAUGGUCCCUCAAACUGUUUUAGUUUGCUUGAUGUUAUAUUGCCAGCGGCUGUGGAGAGGACUGCUGAACCUCAGAAUAUUUCAAAUGACCUCGAGCCUUUAGAUAAUAAUAAAGUUGAGGUGCCUCAAAGUAGCUGUCCAGAAGUGUCUAAUUCAUCUGAACUCCAAAGCAACUCCCAGUGCACUUUAGAACCUGAAAUAACCCCCAAUAGCCUAAUUUCUUCAAGUGUAACAGAGGAGGUCACAACAACUAAUGUCAGUACAAGUCUGCCUAAUGUACCAGAUGAGGAACACUCUGUGAACAGCAGUGAUGAGGACCAUGAAAUUACCACAGCCGUUCCCACCAGUGAAAGAGAAUCUUCUCCGUCCUGCCUCCCCAUGACUGUAUCCAUGUGUGGAUCUCUUGUGGCCUCUUUAGAUCAGGAGACGAUGGCGGUUGAAACCAAAGACAGCACAGAAAUCCCUCCUUCUGAAUCUAAUGAGACCACAGUCACUGAAGAGAUUGAGAACUUAAUUGUUCCAUCUGCAGAAGCUGAGGCAUCCUUAUGUCUUAGCCAGCCAGAUUCCUCACCUGAGGAUGAUCCUGAAUUGGUUCAAAUAAUGUCAAACCCAGAAGGGUCAACAACUCAUAUGACUUCUCUCUGUAACAGGAUGUUUGAGUGCAGCUUAUCUCUUUCAGAGAAUCUCAUCUCUAGAGAUUCGCCUGAGAGUAGCCAAGCUCCCAGCAAUGCGCAGAGCCCUGAUUACCCAACAGAGUUUGAUUUUUCCAGUGAUUACCUUCCUGAAAGUGAGCAAAAUAUGAUGAUAGUAACCGAUGAAGAACUAGAUGCUUAUCUGAUGGGUGAGGCACAGAGAAACAACUCUGAGAUAUCAGCUGAGAAAUUUGUGGAUGAAGGCUUUUCUGAAUUUAAUGGGGAUUUAGAGGGAGAGUUACGAAGCUGCCCCGUUGAUUCAUUUGCCUCACCUGAAAGUGAUAGAUCUCUUCGGUUUUUAGAUGAGAGUGAAGGUUCCAAUGUUUCUUCCUCAUCUCAAGAGAGUAGCCCCUUGAAACCAGACACCAUGCAAACGGAUAAUAUGGAGGAUAUGCCGAAUUUGACUGAGAUUCAGUCAGUCUGCAAUACAAACCAGUCGCCAUGUUAUGGUGGAGCCCGACCAAAGCGGCUGUCCAACCAAAACAUAAGACCAUUUCUACCACAAGAGGGCCAGAAUAGCCAAUCUGAGGAGAAUGUAUCAAGUUCUGAGGAGGAGAACACCUCUCCUGUAACUCCCAUAGUGAGGCCAGCUUCCAACCACAGCAACAGUAACUUUGAAACUACCAGUCAUGGUGACAGCUGUGAACACAUUUAUGGCCAUGAAGAGCUUUCGGAGCCACCUCCUUACCCAGGAGAGAUUUCUGGUGAAGCAGUUGAUCAGUCAGGAGCAGAGGAUGGAGGCCUUGGCUGGAGGCAGCCACCCUGGGUCCCUGAUUCUGAGGCACCUAACUGCAUGAAAUGUGGGCAAAAGUUCACCUUUACCAAGAGGAGACAUCACUGCAGAGCAUGUGGCAAAGUAUAUUGUGCCAUCUGCUGCAAUCGUAAAUGCAAACUGAAAUACAUGGAGAAAGAGGCCAGAGUUUGUGUCGUCUGCUAUGAAACUAUACAAAGAGCUCAGGCCCUUGAGAGAAUGAUGAGCCCUACCGGGCCUAGUCCAAAUCCUAACAUCCCAUCCGAGUACUGCUCCACGAUUCCUCCCAUGCAGCAGGCUCGAGCAGCAGGCACCCUCAACUCCCCACCCCCCACCGUCAUGGUGCCAGUUUCUGUUCUCAAACAUCCUGGUAAUGAUGGAUUCCCGAGAGAACAGAAGCAUGUCUGGUUUGCUGAUGGAAUACUGCCUAAUGGCGAGGUGGCAGAUACCACUAGGCUUUCCAUAAAGCCACGGAGAUCCUCUCAGGAGUCCAGCCCUGUUACGCCAGACCCUCCCACAGUAUGGCCUACUAGCAAAUUCCCAGAAGGAAAUGAGAGUUCGGCACAAAGCUCUGAGACUGGUUCAGAGACACCAAGGAAGGCACUCAGUGGGCCCUGGGACUUUGCGUUACUCUGUGGCCUGGGUAGCUGUGUGCAGCAGGCUCAGAGUCUCCUGCCUGAUGAUGAUGAUGGUCUGCCACCGCUGCUUAUCACCACAGGAGAGGAAGAUGAAGGGGAUUUGUUAGUGGAGGAGCGUCCUGCUUCCUGUCAGAUUAUGCUGCUUUUAGAGGAAGGAGGUCCAAGACCUUUGACAUUUGUGCUCAAUGCCAACCUCUUGGUCAAUGUGAAGCUGACUGCAUAUUGUGGGCGGAAGUGCUGGUGUUUGAGCUCUAACGGUCUUAAGGGAGUCGGUCAGAGAGAACUGGCGUUCAUUAUUGAGCGUCUCCCUGAAGAGAACAGUGUGCCUAGAGACAUCUUCAGUCUUUAUGUAAACAUAUACCAAGAUGCUCAGAAGGGGAAAUAUAUUGAGGAACUUGGCAAUGUGAUGUUUGCAGACAGUUUUCUGGGCAGUAAGGAACAUGGUGGCUUCCUCUUUCUUUCUCUGAGCUUUCAGCCUACGGAGGGUCUUGGCCUACCUCACAGCUCCUUCCUGUUUGGGGUCCUCGUUCAUAAAUUGGAGGUACCCUGGGCCAAAGUGUUCCCCCUCCGCUUAGUACUCAGUAUGGGAGCAGAAUGUAGUGUAUAUCCCUGUCCUUUGGUUAGUGUCAGGUUCCGUGAAUCUGUCUUCAAAGAGACAGGACAUACCAUCAUGAACCUACUUGCAGACCUGAGGAACUACCAGUACAGUGUGCCUGUAGUCGACAACCUGAGGAUCCACAUGGAAGUGGGCAACAGCUAUAUUGACAUACCCAAGUCAAAGUUUAAUGAGAUGCUGAAAGUGGUGAAUUCUUCCAACGAGCAUGUAAUAAGCGUUGGGGCUUGCUUCAGUACUGAAGCAGACUCGCACUUGAUCUGUGUUCAAAAUGAGGAUGGAAGCUACCAGACACAAGCCAACAGCAUUCAGGGAAAGACCAGAAGAGUAACUGGAGCGAGCUUUGUGGUUUUUAAUGGUGCUCUGAAGGCCUCUUCAGGAUAUAUUGCCAAAUCUAGCAUUGUUGAAGAUGGGUUAAUGGUGCAAAUCCCCCCGGAGACAAUGGAGGCUCUGCGCCAGGCCCUACGGGAUCAGACAGAUUUCCAAAUCACCUGUGGAAAAACUGACACGGCGCCAGAGGACAGAGAAAAUGUCAACAUACGCUGGAUAGACUGGACGGCUCCCAUCAAUACAGGCAUCAUGAGCCCUAUAGAUGGGAAGUCGCUAGAGGGUGUAACCAGUAUCCACAUCCAGCAGGACUCCGAGUUUGAGAUGGAUGGGCGGUCUAUCAAGUGCACAGAGGUCUUUUACCUUCUGAAGACUCCAGACUGCUCCCAGUCUGCCGUUUUCUCCUCCUGCUCUCAGUUCCAGAGAGAGAUUGCCACUGCCAGCUGUGCAGCGCUGUGUCCUCACCUCUCUGUCCUCAUUGCAAAUGGAUUUAACCAUCUUGCACUUCGAGUCUCUACUGAUACUGACAUGGUUGAGUACCAGGCCGGUUCAGGCGGAAGCCUUCUGCCUCAGAAAUAUAUGAAUGAGUUAGAUGGAGCUCUGAUACCUGUUAUUCACGGUGGAAGCUCCUGUGUCCCACACCAAGCCAUGGACAUGGAGUUGUUCUUCUAUAUUACACAGGCCCUGUGAGUGUGAAGCAUGAGAGCAGAGCCCUCCAUCGACAGGGAUGUUGUCCCUCCUUUAGACCAAUUAAUAGCAAAGCUGGACAAACACAGCCAAAUAACUGAGUAGACAUGAUAAAAUUUGACAAGGUAUUGGUAAGUGUGCAAAUUGGCUGUAAUUGAUAUCAGAGCUCAUCAAAGUUCUAAAGAAUUACAUUGGAUUUGAAUGUGUCUAUACUGGAUGCAGUUUGUUAAUGUUUUAUGGACACAUAAAAUUAAUAGUAUUUUCUGUGAGAUUAGAGAGAAUGAGAGCCACUACAUUCUUUAAUCAGAAGGAUUUUUGAGACAGUAGCUUUUGAAUCUGCGGUAUGAUUUUUCAUUGGUACAUUCUUGGUGUUACUCUUGGAAGAAGCUUCAUUUCAUCCCGUGUUCUGUAUGAAGAACGUUCAUCGUCUCUUUAAAUACAACAUGUGGCCCUUCCUUUAAUACACAGGGGUUAUUGAGCUCUCAAAUUUUUCCAAAAUUUGUACAUGGAUUCAUCUCUCAGUUCUGUUAAGCUUUUAUUAAGCUUAAAGACUAUUUUUGCAAUAGUUACACAUGUUAAAUAAAGACUAUAUUUUUGAUAGGCCAUUAUGUUAGUUUUGCAGUCUCAUUGCAAAAGAGCUGAUUUUGAACUCAAGUCCUAUGGGGACCAUAACUUUGUCAUACUCAUCCAUUACACAUUGUCGAAUAAAGCAUUAAUAAUAAUAAUAAAAUAAAAAUUGCAUAAUUUGCUCAAUUAGAAAUAGCAUUUUGCUCCUAUUCUAUUGCAGUAUGCAGUAUUCUAUUUAAUAGUAGGCUAAUUAAAGUGGAACAAAAUUUUCAAAACCAACUCCAUACCUUAACACUACAAACCACAAAUAUUUUAAAUUAAAUGAUCUAUUAUUUUUUCAUAAAGGCUGUUUUAAAUUGUUUUAGUGAAUAUGUAUUUGAUUUGAGUCAUAUCAAUUGAAGUGAUAAAUAAUGUAGCUCUCAUAAAUCCUCUGGUCUGAUCUUUUAAGACCUUGCUGACUUUAUAAUAUGACACAUUUUGUAUUUCUUUUUGUCCCAACAUUACAGUAUUACCAUAUUACUCCAAUAUAUAAUUCUGCAAGCAGAAAGAUUUUUGUUGUUACACCAACUUGCCAGAUGCUGAAACAGCCUAAACUUGAAGUUGGCUUGUAUAAGUAUGAAAAUUUUUGUUUUGCAAGAGCCAUGAAUGGCAUCUUAUUCCUCUCGGUGGCACACAAGACAAACACUGACAUCCAGUGAAAUAAUGGUUUACACAGCAGAUUGAUUUUGUGUGUGAGGACAUGUAAGCAAGAUUGUGAGAAAGAGCUACUCAUACUGCUGACAAGCUAACUAUUACAGGUUUUUUUUUUUUUUUUUUUUAUACAGUUUUAAAAGGGAAGAGAACACUAUAGUAUAUUAUUAAACAAAAUAUAUUAGGCCUUAUUUGCAUUACAAAAUGAAUGAAAAAUCAAUAGACACCAAUCACAUUGGGGGAAGUUUAAAAAAAAAAAAAAGUGCCAAUGAGUUUUUGAUUUUUUUGCUCAUUUCUGUGGUGGCUUACAGUGAAAAGAGAAUCAUUUGCAUUAUGAGAACUCAUUGAGCUAAUUUAUUGAGUAAGUCCAGAGAAAGGAGAAAACCAGCAUAAAAUUAAGUUCUUGGAUGCCAGCCAUCAACAGGUUCCAAAAUACAGAAUAUGCACUUUCAUAACAUAAACUUAAUGACCAAGAAGUGAUUGUAUAUUCUUAUUAGAUUUCAUGUAAUGUAUAUACUCAUUUUCAGUUUGUGAUUUUUGCCUGAAGACGAUUGUCAUUAGAUGGUGUAUAAUUCUACAUCAUAAUUUCUAGGAACUGUCUCUCUUCAUGAGCCCAUAUAAAAGAGCCUGCCAAAUUAAAUAAUUAAAUUGUGUGUGCAUUUUUUUUUAUAUGUACAGUUUUAUUUUAUUAUUGGUGGGUUACUUGGGAAAGGUCGUGUUGUGUUUUUUUUCCCCAUUUUUUUCCUGAUACGGGUUUGUCAGUAUCCAGCAUACUAAAUACAUGCAAAAUUAAUACUAUGUAAAUACAGAUCAUUGUUAUGGAUAGUUUAAGAUGUAAUGCAUCUUAUAUGAAGUUCUGCUCAUUUAUAUCUGGAGGUUGAGUUUGGGGUGGUUUAAAUUAUUUUUCUCACCAUGUAUAAUGUUGAUUUAAUUGAUAAAUCAUCAAUAAACAGAUUAAUAUUUUAGAACUUGCAAAAAUGAAAAUGCUGUAUAUGUAUCUGUUUAGUGAUGUAUCACAUGUAACUAUAUUUAUGGUGGUGCUUGAAAGUUUGUGAAUUAUAGAAAGUUAUAGAAUUUUCUAUGUAUCUGCAUAAAUAUAAUCUAAAAUAUCAUUAGAUAUUUAAGUCCUAAAAGUAGAACCCAAAGUAGAAC